AAUUCACGUGCCCGCUUUCCCAAGAAACCCAGAAGGGUACAUCGGUAAAUUCACACGGCGUGCAAUUCCGUGGAGGAAAAGGUUUCUUUAUUUCAACCGCCUCGCCACCCUAUAAUAAAUACCGGUGGCCAUCGCCACCAGUUUCCGCCGCACUGCCUCUGCUAUUAUUAUUUAUUUCUGAAUCCUCAUGCAGACAGUUGAUUCUCCCUCAACAGAAUCCGUUGGCGUGCCUGUAAUAUAUAUGCACUUAUUAGUUUGUUUAUUCUUCCCCAACUUUAUUGAUGCACACGUAUAUUGGUGGUUUUGUUUCUAGUCGGUUUGGUAUUGGAAUCUCUUUUGAUAUAUUUUUAUGCUCUGCGUUUUGUUCAAGCGAUUCGCGUAGAAUUACUCAUUCAUAGCUUUUGGUUGGUUUAAUACGUUAAGUAUACUUUGUACAAUGUCACAUUUAUUGGUGGAUCAUCGGAGAGUGCGUAACGACGUUGAAGAAGAAGAAGUUUCGUCGAGUUUCGGAAGCAAAGGAGGCGGUGUCUACUACACUCCUGUUGUUGAAGAUGAGGGUGAGGUUUCUGAUUGCGAGAGUGGUGUUUCUGGAGGCCCAAGUGUGGAGAAGCAUGAUUUGAUUGGAAUAAAUGGAUUGGUACGGUUGGAUGAGAGUGAUAAAUUGUGUGGAAUUAUUGGGAAGAAGUUUGUGAAUAGGUUGGGUGAGAUUGGGAUUGGUGUUGGAGUUGAGUAUAUUCAUAGGAACAUGUUUAAUGCUAGUGUUAUUAGUCAAGCAAGGAUUAGUAGUUUCCAGAUUUUUGUGAAAGCUGUGGAGAAGAGGAAUGGUGGUGAUGCUAAUGUUAAGUAUGCUUGGUUUGGUGGAUCAAAGGAUGAGAUUAAUAAGAUUGUUUUACAUGGAUUUGGGUAUGAUAAUAUUAACAAGGAUGGCUUGUUUGAUCAUGGAAUUGUGCUUUCUGCUGAUCAUUCUCCUCUUGAAAGUGUGGAGUCUGCAAUUCCUGAUGAAGAUGGAAUCAAACACAUCUUGCUUUGCCGCGUGUUAUUGGGGAAAACAGAGCUUGUGAGUCGAGGAUCUAAGCAAUCGCAUCCGAGUUCCGAGGAUUUUCAGUCAGGUGUUGAUGAUUUGGUGUCUCCUAAGAAGUACAUCGUGUGGAGCAGUCAGAUGAACACUCAUAUAUUACCCGAAUUCGUCAUAAGUUUCAAGACGCUAACGAGCAUGAACAGUCAGCCAUUUCAAGAAUGUGAUCAAGUGCCUAAACUAGAUGGAGUUCCUGUUUGUGUCAAGAAACCGAUUUCCCCUUGGAUCCCAAUUCCAGAACUCAUUGCAGCACUUUCCAAGAUUUUGCCCCCUAAAGCUAUCAAGGAGAUAACACAAUUCCGACGAAGCUACAUUGAGCAUAAGAUCCCUAGAUGUGAUAUGAUACGAGGAAUCAGAAAAAUCACUGGGGAUAGGUUGCUGUUAACGGUUCUAAAAAAUUUCAACGAGCAGAAUUUCGAUUUUUGGCAGCAGAGGCGGUGUAACCGAUCCGGUUAAAAAGUUGCGGUCACAUACCUGAUACAUAUAAUACCAGUAUGAGCAGAAGAAUGAGGGUGAAAACCAAAACGGAGAUUGUUUUUAGAUAGGUUACACUUUACAUUGACACACUAAUGUUUGUACCUUCUAUACUUUUAAGUAGUAGAAAUUGAUGCCAAUAUUAUGUUUCAGAUGGAAUACAUUCACUAUUACUUCUAUUAUUUCUUGCGUGUUU